CCGCCUCGCGGCCCUGGCUUGCGGCCCUGGCUUGUAGACUGGGAUAGAGAGCAGUUCAUCGUCAAUUCGUGCAGAAAAGCCUCACCGCUGAUCUCACACCAACUGCAACUGCACCGCUCUGCACCCUGGCCAGCUGGAAAGCACCUCCAGGCUGCUUAGGUAUGUGUGCUGUAGCUCGAGUCAGCAGUAGCUCUUGGUAGUGACGAGUACAAAAUGCGCCCAGCCCUCGCCGCGCUCGUCGUCGCGCGCACAUGCGGCGGUGACCUGCGGGCCGCGUCUCGGGCCGCCAUACUGCACACGCUCGGCCACUGCGACGCCGCGACGAGAGACGGUGCAGCGCCGCGGCCCGGCUUGGGCUUCGUCCACAUCGGCGCGCACCACUGGUUCCCACCGACGCGCGAUGCGAUGCUGCACGACGUCGCGACGAGGCACAACUGGACGGGUCUCCUCGUCGAGCCGUCGCCCCACGUCUUCGAAGAGCUGCAGCGGCGGGCGACGACCACCGCCUCGCCCCAUGUCCCCGUCCAGGCCGCACUCUGCGCUAGGAGCGCGCCAGCCGUGCCUUUCUACGCCGUCUCGCCCGCGGCCGCCGGCGACGACAUGCCGUCCUGGGUCACCGAGAUCGGUUCGCUGCGCAGCGACCACGCCCGCGGUCACCAAGGCAUACUCGGCCGCGAAAUUCCUGUCGAGCAGAUCGAAGUCGAGUGCCUCGGCUUCGAGGACCUCGUGAGCCGCCACGGCGGCGUGAUGGACGUUUUGGUCGUCGACGCGGAGGGCGCGGACGUCGACCUCCUUGCCACGCUGCCCCUCGAUCGCCUGCGCCCCCGCGUGAUCGUCUUCGAGGCCAAGCAUGAGAUCAGCUGGGGCGGGUCGGAGGCUGCUCGCCCCACAAAAGUCAUGAGCCUGCUCGCGUCCCUCCGCGAGGCCGGCGGCUACGAUCUCGCGUCGACGGACACCGACGCCGGCGACGGCGACCUUGCACUCGUGCGCGCGCGGGAGGGAAGCGUCGCGACGGACGCGCCUGUCGACGCGACGCAGCGCUGUCUGCUCGCCGCGCUGCGGGGCCACGACCGUGGCGGGCCGUGCGUCCUCGACGUAGAUCCCGAAGGUGCGCACAUCGUCCUGACGGACCGCGGUCGGGCCGCGUGCUUGUGGGCCUACGGCCUCGACCUCAAUCCAAGCGAAGUGGGGAAAACGGAUAUCCGGGCGGCGCACUGGCCGGUGAAAAACGAGACGGCGCUCUUCCGCGGGCCGUGGGCCCCCGACGGCGUUCCCCGCCUCGUGGCGCCGCUCGCCAGCGUCGUCGCGCCGCCUCAGCCAGUGUAA